GUGCGAACCCAUCAAUACAUGCGCGAUCAGGUGAUGCACAUGUUCCUUUACGUACUACAUUAGUUGAAGAAUCGACGUUUACAUGUCAUCCACGACGACGACGUCCCCCACGCGACAGCAGCAACGGUUCAGCACACGAGCUUGUGUCCGCAAGGCCCGUGGUGUUGCCUCCGUUGUCAAACUGGAGGGUGUCUCUGCUGCUCUUACUACACCUAAGAAAGCGCCUACUAGUAGAAAGGGCAAAGGAAAAGCCAAGCAGACGGGUGGCGAUCCGAGCGCUCCGACAGCCGAGGAAUGGAAUCGUAUGACCCCGUACGAAUCGUUUGUUGGGCAGGACAAUGAAGGGGGUGACGAGGAGUUCAAGCUGGGGGAUACAGCUGCCGUGCUUCCUGGAUGGACUGUGCCAGGGAGGCGGCUCCCGGCGCACAGGUACUGGAUCGUGAAGAUCAAAGGCAUACGCGCACGACAGCACGCACCAAUCUCGAAGCGGCGGAAGCGGAACACGCAUGGGUCUAUUGUGGACAUGGAUAGCCAGGAUCACCCCGAUAUCUGGGUCAGAGUCAACUGGUACUAUUCACCAGGGGAAGUGAGCAGGGUUACUAAGGAAUUUUCGGAAGGUCGUUGUCUCAAAACCGAACGGAUAUACUCCGAUCACAGUGACCUCGUCUCUGCUCUGGCCUUCGAGCAUCACGUUUCCGUCCAACGAUUUCACGAAGACGAUCCGGACCAGCUGCCGAUCGGACAGGAUGACUUUUACACUCGGUACUUCAUGAAGACUGCCGUUCGCCCACUGGAGUUGCUUCAGUUUAGUCUAAAAACUUCCGGCGAAGAUCAGUCUCCAAUCACCGGAUGUUUCUGCGGAGCACCUUAUGACGUGAAAAGCCGUGUCCUGUCAAAUGUUAUGCACAUGUGCCCUCGCCCCAGGUGCCGACGCGUUUACCAUCAGUCGUGUCUGCUAGAACGCCAGCACUAUCUAGAGAUGACGAAUCCUCUGGCCCGGCUCCUGGUGUCACCAGACUGCAACGAACCUGUGACCCUCCCCGCCUUCUCUGACAGGAAACGGAGGGCGUAUCUAUCUGCAGCUUGGACCGAUAUCCCCGAAGAUCUCGUUCUACUCGCGUCGAAGCCGAUGGUUCGUGGUGGCGCCGCAUUGCCGGGGUUGGGCAUCACGGGGAAUGCACGAGAUGUGGCCUACGCGCGACGGACGAUAUAUGCUGCUUUGUCCGACGGUCACAAGGUACCGGAACGAUGGGAAGAGUCGGUUGAUUUGGAGCAUUCGCUGGUGUCCGGUCUACCACUUAUUUCACGCAAUGGAACGAACGAAAUGACUUUGGUCUGUCCCUGUUGUGCCGCAGCAAUAUAAUGAGUCUGUGAUCUGCGAGGGGAAU